AUGACAGCAAUCCCUAUCGCGGAGAGAGGAUACGAUGGAACAAGUGAGUAUGACCUAAUCUCCAAUAGCAGCAUGGGCAGCGAUUCGGAUUGCGAUACUGAGGAAGGACACCAUGGACGUCCUAAAAUCUCGAAGAUCGCUUGGCUAGUGCAACAGAAAUUUGAGCAGAUUCAGUCACUGUUCUAUCUAUCAUCUCUUCUUCGCCGUCCUACCUUUACAGGCAGGUAUCUUCGCUCCGUGAAGUCGAAAGCUAGAGCGGAACUCCUGAGGGAUGAGUCCCCAUUAAUCUUCCGUUUGGGCAGAUAUGAUAGCGAGCACGUCUUCGAAAAGGUACGACAAUGGCAUGGGCUUAGUAAAAGCGCUAUUAAUGUGUCACACGAGGAUGAAAAGCCCGCAUCUUUGGAUUGUAUUCAGGCUCGCAGAGCUGUCAACUCCGAGCUUGGUGAAGAUGUUACGGUCCUCUGUCACAGGCUCGCAAAGGCAAACAACAGGCGUCGUGAGCAGCUUCAGUAUUGGGCCGAGCACUCAGAUGUCCUGAUGAAAGAGGGUUCAAGUGUCUCAAUGGCAGAAACUCCCGUACUGGAGGUGAAGCAAGGCAGCGAGUCGCAAAGCCAAGUUUCCACUAUCAAAAGAUCCAACCAAACUGAACUGAAGCAGAGCAAAGACACAAGGUCGUCUUUUUCGAAGCAGAGUUUCUCUACGGCUGCGAGGUCGGCCGUGUAUGAGACAAAAACACAGUCCGGGCGGACCCGUACAGUGUACGCGCAAUCAGCUGCGGCCAACGGGCGAUCAAAUCGCGUACCUGACAUGCCGGUUCCAGCGAAUGACACCUCAUCUUUCCAUUGCCCCUAUUGUGGCAUGGACCUCAAGAGCCACGACAUGGAGGACAGACAAGCGUGGAAGCGCCACGUCUUCCGAGAUCUCAGGCCGUACAUCUGCACCUACCCAACAUGCCAAACACCUGAAAAGCUGUAUGUUACCCGUCACGACUGGUUGUAUCACGAAAUGCAGAUGCAUCGGCGCCAAUUUCUCUGCGGCAACUGCCAUGUGAAGUAUCCAACACAGGAAAUGAUGGUAGCACAUCUCAGGGCGCAUCAUGAGGGCUCGUUCUCCGAGUCUCAACUACCUACCAUCCUUGAUAUGUGCGAUCGGCCUAUCGAUGAUAACGAGCAGUCAACUUGCCUCCUUUGUGGCCAAAAGAUGUACCUACUACAGCUAUGGGAACACCUCGCCAUGCACAUGGAGGAUAUUGCUUUGUUCGUCUUACCCAGCAAGGUUGCGGAAGAGACCGGAGAUGUGGACGGUGGCUCCAUAUCCAACCAAGCCCCGAGACUGGAAUUUGGUAAUGGGAGUCAUGGCGACGGAGCCUCUUCCCUUGACAGUCUCCAUUUUUCUAAUGCUGGGAGUGAAUAUGCUCACAAACAGACCUCUGCCGAUUUUGAAAACUUACAAAGCACUGCACGGCCGGAAGCCGACUCCAAAAUUGCCUUCUGGGAGGUAUUCAACUCGGAUUUGGAGUACCAUUCUUCCACGUUGACGCCGCUCGUAGGGGAGGGCAAUAAUAAGCUUGAGGAGCAUUUUCCCUAUACAAUCGCGGGGCGCCAUUCCGUCGAGAGUGUGAGCUUCCAGUUUAAGAUCGAUACUAUAGUGUCGAACGUUGCUGACUAA